AUGAACAUUCUUGAAGACGAUUUUUUAAACAAAAUAGCUGAAAAUGUGGCGAAAAGUUGUGAUUUGGAAAAUUGGAAGUUCAAACGACACGAAAACAUAAAAACGAUUGAAAACUAUUUUGGGAUAUUGGUACCUCUGACAGUUACUGGUCGAAGAAAUGAAUCGGAAGAAGAACUACACUUAUUGCUGAAGUUAAAACCUGAAACCGCUGAGGAUAGAAUGAAAUUAGUGCUGAAAUAUUUAUACGACACGGAACAUUAUGUAUACACGCGUUUGUUUCCACUGUUUGGAAGUUGCCAAUUAAACGUGGACGAUAUUUCUCCUAAGUGUUUUUACGCUGACAUGCAACCAGGACACGAAGUUAUAGUUCUACAAAACAUGACCUUUAGUGGUUUCAUGCGGUAUCCAAAUAGAUUUCUGGAUUAUCACCACGCAAUUGUAGCUUUAAAAUCACUCGCUAAAUACCACUCUCUAUCCCUAAUUUCAAUUGAAAGCGGAAAGAUCUCUACCGAAAAUGAUUUUGUUAAACCAUAUACAGACACUCAUCCUGUAGAAUUAAAUAUUGCUUUAAAAUUGUGCCUAGAGAGUCACAGCCAGCUUCUAAAAGGUGAAAAAUGUGAGAAGUUUCUACGAUCCCUCGCAGAGAGGUAUAACAAUAUUCGCGUUGACAGCUUUAAUAAAUCCAAACUGAUUGUGUUUGGACACGGAGACUACUGGAAAGAAAAUAUCCUUUUUAAAUAUGUGAAUGAAAAACCAACUCAAGCGUGUAUUUUGGACUACCAAAUGGUGCAGCUGAUGAGUGCGUCGCAAGAUUUCCUGACAUUCCUUCUAGUGAGCGUAGACACUAAAACGAGGAUGGAAAACUACGAAAAUUUUAUCUCAGCUUAUAUAAAAAGUCUCGAUAGUAUACUAAUAGAACACAAUAUCGAUACACAAAGAAUAGUAGUAGAUUUCCAACACGAUUUAAAAGUAGUCGCUGAGAAUUGUGUUAUUAUGGCAGUCAUGGCAUUCGCUCUAUGGUAUGGGUUAGAAGAUCAGACUUUGGUUAAGAGUAAAGAUACAACUGAUAAAGUGAAUGCGGAAAAACGUUUCACACAAACAAUUUGUGAAAUAUUGAAUGAUCUUAAUAGAAUUGGUCUUGUGAGGUUGUAA